AUGGCGAGCGUAAUGAGCCAAUCACCGAUACCACCGCUGGCGCAGCAAGGCUACUACAACACUACCACUACCAGCAACCCCUCGGGUGGUGGCACGGGGCAAGCCUUUUGGGGAAACCAACAGUAUGGCGCGGCAGGGCAGAUGCAAAUGCCAUACGGAGCGGUCACCACAUCUGCGCCGACGAGCAGCUCUCUGCCAAUCCAAGCGCCGGCCGCGCUACCACCGCAGGCCUAUUCUGCCUACCAGCAGCAGCACCACGUGAGACAGAGCGGCUCUCCGCAACACACUCAGUCGCCGAAUGCCGCCAGCCACCCAACACCACCGCCGCCGACAAACCAAUACCCAAUGGCCGCCCCGCCCCUCCCGCAAACACCAGGCAGCCUCCAGCAGGGCGCCGUAAGCACCGCCGCGCCUUCCCCACGAUCCCCACUCUCGCCCGGCAGCCAGAGCAGAGAAGACGAGCGCGUGGCGCUGCUCUUUGAGAUCAACGUCGAGCUGCUGCAGGAGGUCAACAGGCUGCAGACCGAGGGACAUGGUGGCGCCAUCAGCCCGCAGCAGCUCAUGCAGCUGAGGAGCGAGGGCAAGCCAGACAAGAUGGCCUCGGAGGAGUACAUACAAUGUCUACGCAGAGUGCAGGCGAAUCUUGCUUGGCUGAUGCCGCGAGCAUCAAACGAUCCUGCAGGUCUCGCGAAAGCGCCUCCUGGCCCGGCGCACAUGACGCCGCCACCACACAUGGCGCAGUUGCAGUCAAAGUACGCGCAGCUGACAGAGCUUUUCCCUGGCUGGAAGGGCUUGGAUUGGCAACCAUCGCAAUCUGCAUCCUCCCCAGGACUCAAUGGGCCGAAUCCGAUGGCUGCGAAUGGCAUGAAUUCUGCUCCUGCUCAAGCGCAGGCAUAA